AUGCCAAACGCCCAACGCGCCGCGUCCAAGCGCAACGGCAACGCCCACGGACACGGCCACGCCGCCACGGCCCACCUGCCGCCCUAUACGCCCGCGGCCGACGCAAACACCUACCGCGACCUCCUCAUCUUCGAGGAGCGCCUCAAGCAGAAUGCCGCCCGCCUCGAGGCGCGCAAGAACAAGUACGAGUCGCUGCUGGCCGUCUUUGUCGGCUUCAUCGUCUUUCUGAGCUACCACGUCUUCAUCGACCGCAAAGAAUCGGUGCCGCUGCACUACUUUAUCCUCUCGCUCCUCCUCAUAUGCCUCACCACCCUCUUCCUCUUCUUUGCCAGCGGCAUGCACGCAGAGCGCAUCCGCGCCGCCAACAAGUUUGUGCCCCAAGCCAACCGCUCCCUCCGCUCGUUCAACAUGUACCUCAACACCCGCGUCGACCCGCGCCGUCGCUCCCCCUGGCCACUCUCCUACCUCUGGCCCUCGUCGCAGUCGCCCUCUCCUUCGUCUGCUUCUUCUUCGACGACGCAACGAUCGAAGCCACCACCAGCAGCAGCAGCAUCAGGAGCAGCAGCAGGAGGAGGAGGAGGGGGGGCGAGGACGACGCAUCGGCGAUCGGCCAUCCCGCCCAUCCCGCCGUCCCAGAACCCGCGCGGAGAACUCAUCUUUUCCACAAAGGUCUCGUCCGACUUUCGCGACGGCUACGAGCGAUACCGCGCCGCAUUCGAGCGCAGGAGGUCGGAAAAGAUGCUCGCAAAGAGGCGUCGAAGCUGGAAGAGGUGGAUCGACUGGUUCCUCGCCCUCGCCCUCGCCCCCUUUCAGUCGCGCUCGGCCGCGCCCAGGACGACCCAGCCAGCCGCAUCCCCUUCCACCUCGGCCUCGGCAGCACCGCCUGCUGCUGCUGCCGCCCACGCUCACGGCCGGUCGUCAUCUGCGCAUGACGGCGAACAGGGGCUCGAUGGCGGCGGCGGUGGUGGCACAACAGCAGAGCAACGAGGGGGCAGCACCGCCGUCGACUCGGCGCGCUCCUCAAUCGACAGCGCGCAGGGCGACGACGUCCAUCGGCCGCAAGCAGCAGACACGGCAGACGCGGAGCCGAGUGCCGUGCCCAGGUCGCAAAACGAACAGCACGACCAGGACGACCGGGACGCCCAAGAGGUCGAACGGCAGCUCGAUCCCGGCACCUCGACCCGUCCAGCACCGGCCGCCGUAGCCGCCGCCGCCGCCGCCGCCGCCAACGAAGAGCAGCCGCAACUGGGCCCGGGGUGGAUCAAGGUGCAGCGGUCCAGCGCCCGGCCCCGCAUCGGUCGCAGCGACUCGGCCUCUCCGUCCUCGCCCUCAUCCGCAGCUCCCUGA